UAAUUAACUUGUGCGCACGCACAUUCUGUUCACAUGGCGUGUACCUUAGUUGCUAUGACAACACCGAGUCUGUUCCUGAAGUUGAGCUACAUGAUAUUCUCAAUGGAAUAAGCUUCUUCCACAUUGGCCAAGGACCAUUUUCACUGUGCUGUUUUGCUUGAUGCAGACACUAUAUUUAUUACGUAUUAGGAAAUGGAAAAUCUUGAAAGAGUAUGUUCUGCACAAACCUGCAGAAAUACACAUUUUAUAGAAAAUUCUCCAAGGCAACCAAAAAGCCAAGAGGAUAUUGUUCUAGUAAUGAAAAAGACUAAUGCAGCAAAAGUUAUACAAAGAGCCUGGCGAAGGUAUAUUGACACUUGUGUAUUUCGCUACUACAAGAGUCUCAUUAACUUCAGAAGACAAGGAGAUCCGCGUUUACUGCUUAAAUAUGUAAAUCCAAAAGAGGCAGAGUUUCUCGAUGCUGCUGCUGGAGUACAUGUAAAAUUUAGGCUGGGAGGGAGCAAAUUUCCUCCAGAUAUCUACUACAAAAUUUUCACUCAUCGACCCAUUGUUGAUUUGUGUGCAAAUAGUCCAAAGGACUACACUAGCCCACUCUCAAAAUGGCCUCAGCCCAAAGAAGUUCAUAAUCAUGGGAAAACAGUGGAAGAUGAUCACUCAGGCUGGUAUAGAAGAUAUGAAAACAAUGGCUGGAGACUUCUGAAUCAUAGGCUUAAUGUAGGCUUUGAUAAAGAAUCUUCUGACUCAAAUGCAGACAAACCAGAAUUUCACCAUUCUACACUCCAAAGGCGUCAGGAUGUGGAAAGAAAGAGAAAGAAGAAAAAAAUUGAAUGGAUGAGGAAAAUGUAUCAAGAAGGUGUCCUUCAUGCCAGCACUCCAGACCCUGAUACAGCAGCUUUGGUACAGAGAGCUACAGAAGGAAUAAUGGCUGCCAUGGAGAAAAAGGGAGAAGUUAUGGAUUGGGAAGUUGACGAAUUAUUGAAGUGGACUAAUUCACUCAACUUUGAAGAAUACCUGUAUGAUUGGAAUGAAAUAGCAACGAGUAAUUCUUCAGACAGCUAAAGGUCCAACAUGUCCACUUUCUUCACACUCGAUUGAAGCUUUUGGGUCUCACAAAGGCAGAGACUGGGAACAUCAUGACUGUGACGAACCUUAACAGAUAAGGAAAGUUGAGGUCUGAGCAACGCUGAAGAAAAGACGCAGGGUUUUGGUAUUCAUGCACUAAAAUAAAAUUUAAA